AAAUCACCGUUUCUCCCUCUCUCGCACGUGCCACACGUUUCAAUCAAACCACGCCAAGACAUCGCACGUGCGAGCCUGCCAUCCUUUUCCCUGUCCUAAGAUUCCUUCCGACCUGAAACAGGGAGGCUAAUUUUAGUAUUUUACACUCGGGCAGAACCCCACCAGAAGGAAUGCUCUCAUUGCUAUCGCUCCCAAAUUCUCCAAUUCUACGUUAGGGUUUUGCAUUUCUUACUUCAAGUUUAGGCAAACGGUUUUUCAGAUUUUGAUGUGAUCGCGGAUCUAGUGUCGAGGAAGGUUCGGGACACGACGGAGCAAUGGAGUCGAUACUGGCACGCGCCUUGGAGUACACUCUCAAGUACUGGCUUAAAUCCUUCUCCAGAGAUCAGUUCAAGCUGCAAGGCCGUACUGUACAACUUUCCAAUUUGGACAUCAAUGGGGACGCGUUGCAUGCGAGUAUGGGACUACCGCCGGCGUUAAAUGUCACAACCGCAAGAGUUGGAAAAUUGGAGAUUAUGCUUCCUUAUGUAAGCAAUGUACAAGUCGAGCCAAUAGUUGUGCAAAUUGAUAAGCUUGAUUUGGUUUUGGAGGAGAACCAAGAUAUGGAAGCAUGUAAGAGUCCCAGCAGUGCCCAAUCAUCUGCAAGCUCUGGGAAGAGUAGUGGUUAUGGAUUUGCUGAUAAGAUUGCAGAUGGAAUGAGUCUACAGGUUGGCACAGUCAACCUUCUUCUUGAAACUCGUGGGGGUGCUCACAGGAAAGGAGGAGCAGCUUGGGCAUCGCCUCUAGCGUCUAUCACCAUCCGCAACCUUUUUCUGUGUACAACAAAUGAAAAAUGGCAGGUUGUUAAUCUUAAGGAGGCAAGGGACUAUUCUUCUAACAAAGGGUUUAUAUAUGUUUUCAAGAAACUUGAGUGGGGAGCUUUAUCUGUUGAUCUUCUGCCUCAUCCUGAUAUGUUCGCUGAUGCUAACUUGGCAAGAUCUCAAGAGGGAGCAAAUCUGAGAGAUGAUGAUGGUGCAAAAAGGGUUUUUUUUGGUGGAGAACGUUUUCUAGAAGGAAUCUCAGGAGAGGCUCAUAUAACAGUGCAGAGGACAGAGCAAAACAGUCCCUUAGGGCUUGAGGUUCAGUUGCAUAUUAAUGAAACUGUUUGCCCGGCAUUAAAUGAACCAGGUGCGGAUGUAUAUAUUUCUGAUAAAUUUCAUCUUUUGUUCUAAUAGGCCUGUGUUUCCGAUGGAGAAAAUGCGAAAUACUUGACCAAAGUUAUGGUCGGGGGGCUGUUUUUAAGGAAUACCUUUUCGCAUCCUCCAUGCACCUUAGUGCAACCAUCGGUCCAUGCUGUCACAGAGGAUCUUCUGGUCAUUCCUGACUUUGGCCAGAAUUUUUGUCCUCCAAUAUAUCCCCUAGGAAACCUUCAAAACCACUCAAUUGAGGGUGUUCCCUUAAUAUGUCUCUACUCUCUUCAGCUAAAGCCUUCCCCUGAUCCUCCAUAUUUUGCAUCAAAAACUGUUAUUCGCUGCCAGCCUCUUAUGAUUCAUCUGCAGGAAGAAUCAUGCUUGAGGAUAUCUUCUUUCUUAGCUGAUGGAAUAGUUGUAAAUCCUGGUUCCAUUUUGUCAGAUUCUUCAGUUAAUUCCUUUGUAUUUGUUCUCAAGGAACUCGAUGUCAUUGUCCCAUUGGACAUGAGUAGACUAGAUAAUUGUUCCAGCAAAGGGAACCUUAAUUCACAGAACUCAUUUGCUGGAGCUAGUCUUCAUAUUGAAAAGUUGUUCUUCACUGAGUCACCUUUACUAAAACUCAGGUCUCUAAAUCUUGAGAAAGAUCCUGCUUGCUUCUCUCUUUGGGAAGGUCAACCAAUUGAUGCUAGCCAGAGGAAAUGGACUGCUGGAGCAUCAAACUUUAUUUUGUCCUUAGAAACAUCCACGAGCUUAAUUGAACUUCAGAAUACUUCAGGUUGGACAUCAGGCUUAUGGAGAUGCGUUGAAAUGGAAGGCCUCUCUGUUGAAGUAGCUAUGGUCUCUGCUGAUGGGAGUCCACUAACAGUCGUUCCUCCCCCUGGUGGUGUUGUAAGAAUAGGGAUUGCUUGUCGACAGUAUUUGUCCAACACUUCAGUUGAGCAGUUAUUUUUUGUCCUGGAUAUUUAUGCGUACUUUGGUAGAGUCAGUGAGAAGAUUGCUCUAGUUGGAAAAACUAGAGUACCGAAGACCAUUAGGAAUGAUUCUUUGGGUGGACAGUUCAUGGAAAAGGUUCCUGGUGAUACUGCUGUAAGUUUAGAUAUGAAGGACCUUCAGCUUAGGUUUCUUGAAUCUUCAUCUUUGAACAUUCAGGAGAUGCCUCUUGUUCAGUUUAAUGGUAAAGAUCUCUAUGUGAAGGUUACUCAUAGAACCCUCGGUGGCGCUGUUGCUGUAUCCUUCACUUUGUGUUGGGAGAGUGUUGAGGUGGAUUGUGUAGAGACUGAGAAAAAUCUUGCACAUGAGAAUGGCUCAAUUUUAAAUUCAGGAGACAAUGGUGCUCUGGUGAUUGGGAAUGGAUAUACUCAACUGAGGCCUGUCUUUUGGGUUCACAACCAAAGGAAGCAUCAAACAAAUGGCAGUGUUUUUGUUACUCCAUUUCUGGACAUAAGCACGGUGCAUGUUAUUCCCUUAAGUGAACGGGAUAGAGAAUGUCAUAGUUUAAGCAUUUCAGCUUGUAUUUCAGGUAUUUGUUUAGGUGGAGGAAUGAACUAUGCCGAAGCCCUACUGCAUCGUUUUGGGAUACUUGGGCCUGAUGGCGGUCCUGGGAAAGGACUAUCUAAAGGCUUGGAGAAUUUAUCAGCCGGACCUCUGUCAAAACUUUUCAAGACAUCCAUUGUUGAUGACUUAGCAGAGGGUGGAAAUUCAGGAGUCGGGCAAGACAUUGGUUUUUCACAAUUGGGAAAGCCUGAUGAUGUGGAUGUAUCUAUAGAAUUGAAAGAUUGGUUAUUUGCUCUUGAAGGGAGGCAAGAAAUGGCUGAAAGAUGGUGGUUUCAUGAUCAUGAAAAUAUGGACAGAGAAGAGAGAUGCUGGCACACAACUUUCAGGAGUUUGCAGGUAAAGGCAAAAAGUAAUCCAAAGGAUGCUCUGAAUGGUAAAGGAGGAUUACAUGCUAUGCCAAGAUACCCAGUGGAAUCCAUCACGGUUUGUGUGGAAGGCUUGCAGACCUUGAAGCCUCAGGCCCGAAAAGGCACCAAUCUUCAGCCAGUUCUUCCUGCAAAUGGAGUGAAAGGAAGUCUUGAAAUGACCGGAGGGAUCAAUGUGGAAGCUCAUAUAGUGACAUCAGCGGACGAUGCUAAUGAAGAUAUGGUGAACUGGGUGGUAGAAAAUGUGAAAUUAUCUGUUAAACAGCCUAUUGAGGCUGCUGUGACAAAGGACGAGCUACAACACCUUGCUCUUUUGUGCAAGUCAGAAGUUGAUUCAAUGGGUCGGGUGGCUGCUGGGGUGUUACGGAUCCUCAAGCUAGAACAUUCAAUUGGCCAGGCAGCUCUAUACCAACUUAACAACCUUGGGACUGAGAGCUUUGACAAGAUUUUCUCCCCAAAACCUACCAAGAGCGGUAGUCCUGCCAGCUUUGGGUUCUCACCAUCAGCAAAUCUGAUCAAUGAAGCCCCAAGAACAAAAUUGGAAUCAACUGUGAUUUUACUUGAGGAGACUGUGUCAGAUACGCAGACCAAAUGUGAUGCCCUUAUCUCUGACUUGGCUACUUCUGAAGCUUCAAUAGAGCAUGUUGAUAGUAUCAAACAGAUCAGCCAGAAACUUGAGAGUAUGCAGAAUCUAUUGAUGCAGUUAAGGUCUCGGAUUCAAUGAUGUUUUUCUUGCUAAUACUCCUGUACAACCUUGGGAUAAAGAAUGAUUCCCAAUCAUAUAGUUUUAUCUGUUGAUUCUUUUCUGUAUAUAGUAAUUAUAUAGAAAGCAUGUUGAGCGUAUCCACCCAUCCAGGCGAAACUGAGAAUCAUUGAUGUUUAGUUGGAAAUUUUGUAUUGUAAAAGAGAAUUUUCCUAUACAGAUUUCAAUAUUUCUUAAGAAGAAAGAGAAUGUUUUGUACGCUGCAACCCUGGCGUAACU